CACAACCCAACUACUCAGAUACGUACGCUUAAAGUCGAAACUGAGUAUACAGGAGGAGGAGGAGGAGAGAGAAACCAAACCAAACCAUGGAUAGGAUGUUUUCAGUGGACGAUAUUGCGGGCCACUUUUGGUCACCACCGCCGGCCGCCGAUGAAGAUGACUCAUCUUCCUCAUCCUCCGCUUCAAAGAACCGGCCAACGCCGCCGCCGAUGAUGAAUCGGAGCAUGUCUGAGUGGCAAUUCCAAUGCUUUUUGCAAGAAGCAUCGGUACCCAAGGAAUCUUCCUCUUCUAGACCUAACCAUGUUGUUGAGAUCAAGGAUCAAGAUGAACAAGUUCAGGAUAAGAAUAAUCAGAAGAAGGAAGAAGGUGCGACGACGUCGUUUGGUGGCUCCGGAGUUGCUGGUCCGGUCAAUGUUCCCGAUGAUUCCGAGGAGUAUCAGGCGUAUUUGAAGAGUCGUUUGAAUCUCGCCUGUGCAGCUGUUGCUUUGACUAGGGCAUCUUCUGUAAAAACUCAAGAUUUUGCUACUAUACCUGACAAUGGAUCACAAGCCUCUAAUACCUCACAGUUGGGAUACCAGGCUCCUUCUAAAGUUGACCCCAAGGGAGCGGGUAAGGAUGGCGGUGCACCUGUCGAGAUCCCUUCCUUGCCUGUUAUUCCAAAGAAGGCUGCAAUCCCGGUGAAAUCAGCAACAAGUGGCUCCUCACGAGAACUAUCGGAUGACGAUGAGCUUGAAGGAGACACAGAAACGACUCAGAAUAUGGACCCUACUGAUGCAAAACGUGUUAGAAGAAUGCUGUCGAACAGAGAAUCGGCUAGACGUUCAAGAAGAAGAAAGCAGGCUCAUUUGACCGAGCUUGAGACACAGGUUUCUCAAUUACGGGUUGAAAAUUCUUCAUUACUGAAGCGGCUCACUGACAUAAGCCAAAAGUACAAUGAAGCUGCUGUUGAUAAUAGAGUGUUGAAAGCCGAUGUUGAAACCAUGAGAGCAAAGGUGAAGAUGGCUGAAGAAAGUGUCAAAAGAAUAACCGGGUUUAACCCAAUGGUUCAACCCGUAUCAGAUUUAUCGACAAUGGGUCCCAUGCCAUCGUAUUCUUGUAGCCCAUCUGAUACAUCUACAGACACUGCCGUUCCUGUGCAAGAUGACAUGAAGCAACAACACUUCUACCAGGGCCAACCACCACCACCACCACCACAACCCGCCACCACCAACCACCACAUACCCUCUACACGGGUGCCCAUGGUAAACCUCCCGCCGCCAGUCGAGCAUGUUCAACACCCAAACCCUGUGAUGCAAGAAGUGGGAGCACAAAAGAUGGGUCGAACUGCUUCUAUGCAACGAGUGGCCAGCUUGGAACACUUGCAGAAACGGUUCCGUGGAGAUGUUGGUGGGACCACCCAAGGCGGUGGGGACCGCUAGUAUGAUAUGGUUGGAAUCUAGCCGUAACUGAAAAAAUACUCAUCAUUUUUAUGUGCAGUGGCUUCAUGGGAUAGCCUAAUUUUGGAUUUGUAUUGUGUCAAAAACCAGUUGGUGUUCUGGUAUUUGAACUGUGCAUAUCUGUUCUCGGCAUUGAAUGUCUUGUUCUUAAUUAACAAUUGAAACACGGAAUGUGAACAAUGGAUGUUAUGUUUUUGUACUUCUUGUU